AUACCAGCUAUUCUGAUGCAUAUUAGAUUUAUGCGACCCGUGUAAACGAGUGAGAUCGAGUAUUGUGGAUGGUAGAGUAGGAUUAGGGAAAUGUGGACAAUGAUGGAUACGUGUGAAAAGUGUGACUUGGCAGUUAUUAUUGCCCGAAGCUGUAUUUCUUCCCUACUCCUCUUCUCAACCUCGUUUUUCACACUAAUGACGAACUGGGCAACACUGAGACCAUUUAUUCUACUCCGGAUUGCCAACAUAUGUCGCAGUAGUAUUCGCCUAGGCAGUUCGGAUAAUUUCGACAUCUAUACUCCAUUCCUCCAGCUUAACCAGGUUUGCCAACACUGGAGAGACACUAUAAAAGAGAGUCUCUACACUACCGCGAUUAUCUUGUGCUGCAAACCAACAGCUGAGCAAUUGUUUCUAUAUGGCGGCACCUCUGAUUCUGACCAACUCGCAUCCAGAGGCAUACAUCUCGCAACCUCAUCACCACACCCUAUUCUAUGGAGAACAAAUAUCUCGAAUAUCGUGCGAUCAAAAAACAGCAACUACACUCAGCAACUUCUUAUCUCAUUUCAAGACUGUACCAUCGAUUUUCCUUCUCUUGGAGAUAUCCUCGAAAUAUUUGGAUUCAGCACCGUUGAAUGGCUUAGAUUGGAAGCAAUACGUCUUAUUGAGGAUCCACAAGUGGCAAAACAGGAUUCCGACACCAAACUCCCAAUAGCUGACGAUGUCAGUAAACGGCUGUCACAGACCUCACAAUAUUUUAUACAACACCUCUCUCAUGUGAAGCAUUUGAUACAUGGUGCAUUCAGCUAUCCACUGAAGAAUUCGCCAGCAUUCCCACUUGGUGAUAUGUUGGACUUUUACUUGCCACAGCUGCAAACACUGCUUUUACCCGAAUUUACACUUCCACAACUCGAUCACACAUACUUCUCUUCAUUCCUCACUAUACUGCAUCUUCACAUCAACAGUGAGAGUGCUGAGCAUAUCCCUAGAGUUUUUGCACCUUCAUUGGUGACACUGUGGUUAUAUUAUUCUGAUAUUGCACACUCGUGGCACAUCUUCAGAGGUAGCCUGCCUGGGUCGGUUAUCUUCGAAAACCUUACGAAGCUUGAAAUUUAUCACUAUUCCAGAAUAUCUGAGUCAACAGAUGAAUCAGACACAUACCUUCCCUCUAUAUCGUUUCCAAAGCUGAAGGAUUUACGAUUACAAUACUAUCCAUUCAAAGAUUCCAACACCCUCGCUUUAUUCAAGGACGCGCCAAUACAGACUGCAACUAUCGUUGACAUGGUUGAUAGAUUUCAACUCUCUGUGAUAACCACAUUCAGAGAUGUUCAGACUCUAUGCAUUUCUAUAAGAAUCUGGAAUACUAGUGUGCAUGACGAAACUACGGUGUCUAUUGCAAAGGAUCUUUUCAGCAAACCGUUCUCUACUUCCAUCGCUGAAAUUUUCAUUCUGACAAGCCUACCAAUCCCAGUCCCUGAUACGAUUCUGUGGACAAAGCUAGAAAAGCUAUGUCUCAACUUCCCCGUCUACCUUUUCGAUCUCAUCCACAUUCUCCCUCAGCUUCCUCAUCUGUGCUGGCUUCUUGUUGGAGCCAUAUACAACACUGGAAAUCGCAUAGAGAAUACAGAACUGGCACCCAUUUGGAGCAGCACCCUCACUCAACUUAUCUUAUUUUCAAGUAUUACUCACAUCCCGACGAUUCCUUCUCUUAAGGCAAUGUGCAUUCUAGUAUCCGGUUUGCCCUUCCUCCUCAAACUGGCUGUUCCAGACGAUAUGUUGUCUACGGCGAAAGGUGCACUUUCUGAACACACCAUUUCUCGAGAAUUUAGCAAAGAGGCACUUCAGGUUGUUGGAUACCUUCCAGAUAGAACAGCUUUAUAUCUUCGAGAUGGCAUUCCCUACACCGAUAAUCAAGGAAAUCGAAUUGCAUAAUACAUCUAGGUGAUGUAGCUGUGCCAAUAAAUGCUACAUUGUUUAAACAUAAUUCUAUGCUUGUUGUUAUGUACAUGUUCGAUUAAGAAUCGAGAUGAUGGAAUACUGGCCAACAUAUCCACACGUAUCUUCUUGGCCGACCGUACCAUGCUUUUCGCCGGCUAGAGGCAAGCAGGGAUAAACACGUAUGAAUGUUAACACUCCUC